GAGAACCAUUGAUUGUAUUUCGUAUCCUCUGUUCAUAUUUAAAAGAACAAUUAUGCCAGAUGUACGAGGAGAUGUAAAUGAACUGUUUUAAAGAGAUCUUUUAUUACUCUAUCAUAUAAAUUUUAACCCUGCAAACAACUUUUCUGAAAGCACAUUUGGGGAAUAUAACAAAACCCGUUGUGAUUUAAAAGCCCUCUGUAUAAGCAGUAGUAGUUUUGGCAUUGUUUUCGGUGUUGACAUGUUUACAGUGGGUUUCAUAAGGACCUUUUAUUCCUACAGUCAAUACACAGUAGUUCCCCUCCCCGUCACAGAGAUCACCUUACACACUAUCCUUUCUCUGCCAUUGUUUGGGGUCACGUCCCUCGUUCUCCGUCAGGUCGCUCUCUGGUUCUCCAAAUAUUUCAAUUACCACAUCUGUCUAGUGGUCUUUAGAAGAUUUUGACGUCCAUUCUAGGUUUAAAGACGAUAUCAAGUUGAUUUCAUUAGAUAACUCCCGUGUGAUAUUGCUAAUUUCUUAUCUCUGAGUCGAUUGUCUCACAAAGGAUCAACUUGUGCUUAUUAAAUCAAUCGCCUUCUUCUAUUUUCUCGUGGAUAUUAUUCCUACAUAGAUCGAAGACUCGAGUACCUGGACACUAUUUGUUUUGCUGUUAAAGAUCGGAGACUGCAAGCUUAAAACCAAAUUUGAGCGGAUAAUGUUCAUAAACCAACAACUGAAUCCAAGGCAUGAAGAGUGACCAAUUAAGACGGAAAACAAAAGGCAUAGGCAAGAUUAAAGUCCGCGACGAGCGGAAAUAUGGCAGAAACAAGAGAAAGGAAAAUGGUCAGCAGGUAUUCGUGAAUAAGGACGGCAGUCAUGAUAGUGACGUCGAGUGUUACGAUGAUGACGAAGACGGGGAAGAUGCAUUAAAAAUUAAAGAAGGCGAUUUGCAAGAAAACCGCGUGGUCACAAAAGCACUACAGCACAUCAAUAUACCUCAUGGAAUUCUAUGCAGCGAGUGUGCCAAAAUUGGAGUGUAUGACAAGAACAUGUAUGACGUAACACGCAAUACUAGCGAGCAGACGACUAGAGAUAGUGAUAGUCGAGAAAGGUGCUCUAUUUGUCAAACUUUGGGAACUAAGGUCGAUCCUCAAGAAAACAUCCGAAUGGCUGUGCUUUACUCUCAUGAGUUUUACGACAAGUAUUCGCGGGACAAACGUCCGGGAGUUUCAGAUUCAGGCGAGUCCACAACUAGGGAGAAUUCGAUUGUAAAACUUGAAUCCUCUAAAAAACAAUCAGAAGACAAAAUUGUUGAACGAUUGGAAAAGGAAAAGUCGUUUGAUCGGACAGAACCCAACAAGUCAUACAAGCGAUCGGGUGUGAACGGUAUAAAAACAUCUGGAUAUCAACAAAACAAAACGGGGUACAUCUUAUCGGAGAAUCCCAAAUUUGAAGGAAUCCUGGCAGGUAAAGGUGAAAUUAUAGCAAAAGAACACGGAACACAAAGAGUAGAGGAGAACUCAAGUGAAAACAAAACAAUACAAAGAUCUGCACGGAAUAGAAAGUGCAAUACGAAAACAGGGGAAAAGGAUCAAAUUCAUGAGAGUACAUCAGGUACGUCACUUCCGGAUAUAGUCAGUAGAAUUUCAUUGGUGGAUUCCGAGGAGUGUACAUCCGUGGAUACAGUUGACAUCGAUAUAAAAAGAAAACUUCCUGAAGAAAAUUCUGUAAAACAGAAAUCGCCAUUAACAAGUUUCCCCAAAGCCAAGAAGUUUCCGAAAAGCGCAGACUCCCCUCGAUCUUUCAUUCUUGCGGCCACCAGAAGACAGGCGAAUGGUUUUUCGAGUUUAUACAUGAAACGUGCAUUGAAAGGGAGCAAUGUUCGAAAAGAUACGUGGAAUAAGAUAGGAGAAAACGAACACCAUCAUCGUCAAGAAAAUUACUGCGUGGAGAGCCUCGGACUGACUUUUGGAAUUCCGGAAUUCAAUCUUCGCUUGGCGGGAAGAACAAUAAAGAAAUCUACCGAAUCUUCAAGGAGACCUAAUAGUCAAAGGUCAUCUAAAAGUUCAAAUUCUCAGAAUUUCUUACCACCAAUCAAAGAAGCUCAAAGACAUUCAUUUUCCGUGAAAGGAUUCGGAUGACGCACCUGUAUCUCACCGUCAAAAUACCUGCAUACUUAGUCUACCAUCACCUGAGGAAAUCUGUUAUGUUGAUAUAUUGUGAAGAGUGGGACAGAGUAACUGCAGUGUACCAGAGUCCUGCAUCAAGAUUGAUAACUUUUAAUUUUGAUGCAGUAUGAAGAAAAUGGAUACAAUGCAAUAAACUACUAGUAUAUAUAUUUCUCUCAGCACACAGCUGUUUAUUUUGUAUGAACAGUGAUUAGAACUACGAUCAUAUUCUUGCAAUACCAGACAUUUAAAUACACUGUUUUUGUAUUUCUCGUUGUCUCUUUCAUAUUGGUAAAUUUGAUAAUGCAUAUUUGUUUAAAUAACCAACUCCAAAGUGUUAAUCUUACAAAUUGAUUUCUAUGCCUGAUGAAUAUCAAAAUAUAUACAUGUGAUUAAAGCAUUGUUGUGUAAAACGUUCUACAUUAAAAUUCCACAUUCUGUAUGGAUGAACCAUUCAGAGACACAAAUGUAAAUUAAGCUUUCAUUGUCUUUA